AAAAGUAAAACCUUACCCUGUCCUAUCGUUCCUCUCUUUGUCUCUUCAAUCUUCCUCUUCCCCAGUUCCCCUUUCUCAAAUUCUGAUCUAAACUCCAAGCCUCCAACCUUUACCUACUGCGAUUGCUCUUGCUCUAGCAGGCCCAGGCGAUCGCUGUCAGCUGAGUCGGUCUCUCUCCUUCUCUCUCUUCCUCACCUCAACGACACCGACCGACCGCUGCUGCCUCCUCCUCUCGGGACGCUGCUGCCUCCUCCUCCCGGGACGCCGCUGCCUCAUUUCUUCAUCGACUCUCUAUUCUUCUUAUUUCUAGGGGUUCAAUCGGACAAUAAGUGCAUAUAUAAUAUUGAACAAAACCUUGACCACAGCAAACCCAAAGAGAUGACCAUUGUUUAAGGUAAUGAACAUAAGAUCAAGUGUGAACUACUUUUUUUUUUCUGUGACUAUGUAUGCAAGAGUAGCCCCUUUUGGAUUGAUGUUUGAGGUUCCUUUAUGAAAGUUAACAUGACUGGAUAAUGUUUUAUGCUAAUUUUUACACUAAGAGAAAUUCAGUUCUAUUUGGGUUGGUCUGUUGGGUUUUCCUUGUCUUAUUCUCUUGAGAAUGUGAAGAACAUGAACUAUGCUGGAAAAGACACUGAAUUGUCCUUUAAGAUGCAAAAAUGUAUGUUUGUUUCUACUGGCAUGCUUUGAUGAUGGUUAACAUAACAUUAGCAGUUUUUUUAGAGCCAAACAGACAUUGAACAAUUGUAAUUUCUCUCGACGAGGAAUUCCACUGAUAAGAUUUAGGCACAGAGUGAUACUUUUGGUCUGACAUAGUUUGGCAACUGUCUCCACGGCUGUACUUAUCAAUGCUGUGGCUGAUCUCAUUCACUUCCUCCACAUACUUCUUCAGGUUAGCUGCAAGUUCAUCCAUCAGUUAAUGUUGAAACAUCUCGACAGGUGAGCCGUCAACGAUCUUACCACGAAAUAUAGCAUCAUCACGAGAUACAUCUACCCAUUACUUUGGGGAUUCCAGAUACUCUGAUCAUCUUCUGGUCUGCUUUAAAACAUGUCUCUUGCAUUUGAUUAUUGUUACCUUAACAUAAUCGAUAGCCACAUCUCAUGUAGCUAUCUUGCAUCUAAAGAAAUAAUGGUUCCGUCAUUUUACCCUCCAUUAAUUCUCGAUACUCGAUUCUUAGAAUGACUUUUUACUCCGUGGGUUGGCAUUUUUGGUUUGAUUUAUUGAUUAUGAAUGAGAUAUUUUCGCUUUUAUUUAGCGAGACAAAAAAAUUUACAGGUUCCAACAGGGUACCCGGAACCUGUGGUAUAAUACAGGUUCCAAGUAGGUUCCGGUUCCAUAAUUCAAUAGGGUAGGGUCCGGUUCCAAAAUUUUGGAUCCAGUCCCUUACAGGGUAGGGUCCGAGUAUCGUGAAAAAUACAGGGUACCCGAAACCGAUCACCCAUAAUAUUUACUCAAUUGUAAUUUUCUAGAAAAAAAAAUGAUUUUAUGAUAUCCAUAUAUUUAGAUAUCGUUCUCUUUUCAUAUAUUGACUCCAAAACAUUGUUAUAACUUAUUGAGGUGUCGAUCGGAAUAGAGUUUAUUUGUGCGACACUUAAACUACUGACCAAACAAAAUGCAUGGGACUAACCAUGCCAGUGACCUAUUUUGAGAUUAAGGUAGUGGGAUUGAGCCAACUUGACCUCCAUGAGCCUAGCCCAACUCAAAACCUAGAGUCAAAUUAGGCCGACGUGGUUCAAGUUAGGUCAAUCUUGGUCACGCCUUGCCUACAAGCUAGGUCGUUGCCCCAGCUCCGCACUAGAAAUCCAGUUGGACCCCUUGUGCUUUCUCCUCUUUUUUUUUUUUUUUUUUUUUUUUUUUUUUUUUUUUUACGGUUAUGAGUAAAAAUAGACUGAAUUUAGAAAAUAAAAGAACGCGGAUCUUUGAUAAUUUUUUGAACUCCUUUUAGAGUGUUUUUCAUAAAUAUGAAAAGUUCUUGAAAUUUCAUCCAUGUUAUUUAUGAAUUUUUGAAUUAAGAAGAACGUUUUACGAAGGAAAUUUCAUAAUAAAUUUUUCAUUUCAUUUGUAGACACAGAAAGUUCUUACUCUAUCAAAUCCACCCAAGUUUUUUUUUUCGGUGGGUAAUCCACCCGAGUAUUUUCUUAUGAAUGUUUUUGCAAAAUCUCCCACAUCGAAGAGUGUGCUAGAAAACCAACCUUCCUUAGCAACUUGAGUGAAAAAUCAUGUUAAGCAAACUCUUCAAUGCAAAACAAUUUGUGAGCUCAUUCGCCACCGGUACGGUGGUCUAGUGGUUAAGUAUCAAGCGCUUCACUUGAACAUCACGAGUUCGAACCUCACUGAGGAUGUAGAGCUCGUCACUAUGUGGGUGUAUUAUGGGUGGCGAUAACUGGCCCAUAAUGCUUGAUUUAAUGGGCCUUGAACUUAAUUCACUAGUGUGUUGGUGGGGCUACGGUGACCAACUUGGACUAAAGUCUUAGCGAGCUAUAGCGAAAGGAACAUUUCAUGGCGGUUAGGUUCCCUUAGUUGGGACUGUCACAGUGGGCUAAUAACCCGAGCUAGCCUUUUACUUAUAAAAAAAAAAAAACUUGUGAGCUCAUUUUUCUAUGAAUAGAUAAUAUCUAAAAUAUACAAUAAUAUAUAUACUAUUGUAGUUGUGUUUGAUAUACAAUAAUAUAUAUGUGUGGGUGUGUGUGAAUGAAAGUCAUGUUCACAUAUAGUUUUGCAACUUAUGUUCCUUGGAAGGAGUGAAGUUGUUGAAUAUAUGAGGCUAAAUUUCUUCUACUAUAUGAAUUAAAUAAUUGUAAGAUCAGAUCAGGUGCAUGUGAUAUCCUUUUUCCACUUAAUUAAUUAUUCCACCCUUACCAGUUAUAUUAGUCCUCCUUAAUUGAAUGUUUAAACUCAAUCGAUUUAAUAUUAGUAAAUUCACUAUCACUAAUAUUAGCCUAAAGCGAGUAAAUCCGAGCUCACGCGUUGUAUUUGACGGUCCGAUUAUUGCCUUCAAAAAUUUAAAAAGAAAAAAAUCUUAGAUGACGAGGUAGUAGAGUGUAAAAUCUCAUUACAUUAUAUUGUAUUAAAUUAAGGAGUACUUCUUCCUCGGUUAAUAAUCUAAACCCAUUUUAAAAAUUUCCUCCUUUGUAAUGGAAAAGAAAGCGAAAAAUAGUUUAUGCUGGAUGUUCCAGAUUGAGAAUCAGAAAGCGUCAUCAUUCCGUGUGCCACAUGCAUUUUGACUUGCUUUUUUUUUUCGUUCGGAAAAUUAUAUUUGACUAUUGAAAAAUUUAACGUAGAGUUGACCCACUCGUUACGACAACAGUAAAACAAUGUUGACUUUUGCGCCCUCUUCCUUUUCUGGGGGCUGACCAACCACCCAUGAUUAAUUCCCAGCCUGACCCAAAUUGCAUGUAAAGACAAACUUGGCCCAACUUGGUCUCUUUAAUAAAUCGAGAAAAUGAUGAAUCCAGUUUUAAGGAAAAAGGGGCAAUGUUCCAAUCCCAUCCCACAAAUCUCUCUCUUCUCUUCUUCCCUGAAACAGAUUCGACGAUGUUUGUGUUCGUUCUGUUUCGGUUGUGUUCUGUUUCUCUUUGAUCCUGAUGGUGGUUCUGUUGCUUGUCUGCUUCUGAGCUCAUGUCCAUGGAAGAAUCCUAGAAUUUCAGCAUUUUCUCGGUUGCCAGGAGCAUAUUCUCAUCGAAAGUCAUGAGCUGUGUGCAUCUUCAUGUUUCUGCUAGUCUAUGACCAUCUGACAGAGCCAUGGGAACUUUGCGGAUGGUGGGCUGCUCUUGUAUUCUGCUUCUUGUUAUAUCUGUGGCGAUCCCGGCGAACGGUGCUUCGUAUGCAGGCAAGCUCUAUCCCGGGUUUCAAGGAUCUCAGAUGAGCUGGAUCGAUAACAAUGGCCUCUUCCUCCUUUCUGAGAGCUCCAACUUCGCAUUCGGGUUCCAAUCCUAUGAAGAUCCGGACUUGUUCUCUCUAGUCAUCAUCCACUCGAUUACCAGGACAGUCAUCUGGUCUGCAAAUCCUGAUACCCCAGUCUCCCGUUCCGACAUGUUUGUGUUUGACAAAAACGGGACUGCAUUCCUACAGAAGGGCGGGGCAGUAAUUUGGUCCGCAGGCUCGAGCCAAGGAGGAGUUUCCGCGAUGGAAUUGCAGGAUUCGGGUAAUCUAGUUUUGCUUGGGAAGGAGAACGAAACGAUCUGGGAGAGUUUUGGUCAUCCCACUGACACUCUGCUGUCGAACCAAGAUUUCGUUCGAGGAAUGAGGCUGGUGAAUCGUGCUAAGUCUAAAACCUCAAACUUGAGCUAUGUUCUCGAGAUCGAUUCUGGGGAUAUGGUGUUAUUUGCUGCCUACGGAACCCGACAACCUUAUUGGUCAAUGAGUAAGGACAGGAGGAAGAUCAUAAACAAGGCUGUUUCAGGGGUGAUAGCUGCAGCUUCGAUAGAUGAGAACUCAUGGAGGUUCUAUGAUGCAAAUAGAACAUUGGUGUGGCAGUUCGUCUUCUCGGGAAACCUAGAACCAAAUGCCACUUGGAUUGCAGUCCUAGGAGGGGACGGGAUGAUCUCGUUCUCCAACUUGCAAUCGGGCAGUGGCCCUUCAGCUACAAGAAUCCCAAUCGACCCGUGUGCGACCUUUGAGCCUUGUGACCCAUACAUGCUGUGUUACAGCAGCGACAGGUGCCGGUGCCUUCCUGCCCUUUCUUCCAGGCCUGGUUGCGGGCCUGGGAUCGAUUCGACCUGCAAUCCGGAAACAGGUGCGCAUUCAGGGUUAGUGGACCUCGUUAAUGCAGGGGAUGGGAUCGGAUACUCUUCGCUCGGGUUUGUUCCUCCCACGAUGAAGAGUUCUGAUCUUAAUAACUGCAAGAGUUUAUGCCUAGGGAAUUGCUCGUGCACUGCUUUGUUCUUCGAGAGUAGCUCAGGAAAUUGCUUUUUGUUCAAUAAGAUUGGGGCGCUUCAGAGCUCUGGCAGUGACAGCUCAGGAUUUGUCUCAUACAUCAAGGUGUCAUCCAGCGGACAAAAUCGUAAGAAGAAUCGGUUGCCGUAUGUGAUCGCUAUAGCUCUUCCGGCUACUUUGGUCAUACUUGGUCUACUAGUUUGUGCACUAUUCAUUUACGUCCGCAGAGGGAAAAAAUCCUUCAAGGAAGCACCUCUAGAAGAUGGGUCAGGAGAAGAGGAUAACUUCCUAGGGAACUUAUCCGGGGCUCCGACUCGAUAUAGCUAUCAGCAACUCGAAGCAGCAACUAAUAGCUUUUCUGUUAAGCUCGGGCAGGGGGGGUUUGGGUCAGUCUAUCGUGGGGCCCUUCCAGAUGGAACUCAACUCGCCGUGAAGAAGCUUGAAUCGAUCGGACAAGGAAAGAAAGAGUUCCGGUCUGAAGUUUCUAUCAUUGGAAGCAUCCACCACCUCCACUUGGUUCGGCUUAAAGGGUUUUGUGCCCAAGGGUCGCACCGCCUCCUCGCGUACGAGUACAUGUCCAAAGGAUCUCUGGACCAAUGGAUCUUUCCGAAAAAGAAGAAGAACAACAACAACAAUGAAGAGGAGAAAGAACAGAUGGUGCUUUCUUGGGAGACAAGAUAUCAGAUAGCCCUUGGCACGGCAAAAGGUUUAGCAUAUUUGCACGAAGAUUGCGACUCAAAGAUUGUCCAUUGUGAUAUAAAGCCUGAGAAUGUUCUCCUCGAUGAGAACUUUCUUGCUAAAGUUUCAGAUUUCGGGCUUGCGAAGUUAAUGGGCCGAGAGCAGAGCCAUGUGUUCACGACCCUCAGGGGCACAAGGGGUUACCUUGCACCUGAGUGGAUCACAAAUCAUGCGAUCUCCGAGAAGAGCGAUGUGUACAGCUAUGGAAUGGUGCUUUUCGAGCUCAUCAGCGGGAGGAAGAGCUUCAAUCCCGAGGAAACUUCUGAGAAGUGCCAUUUCCCUUCUUAUGCCUUCAAGAUGAUGGAGGAAGGGAAACUACGGGAAGUUCUCGACUCGAGCCUGAAGAUUGAUGAGAGAGACGAGAGGGUCUUGAGGGUAAUAAAGGUCGCCCUGUGGUGUGUGCAAGAGGACAUGAGCCUCAGGCCCUCGAUGGCGAAAGUCGUGCAAAUGCUCGAAGGUGUUAGCCCAGUUCCUCAACCACCAAUUUGUUCUGCGCUGGCCUAUCGGCUCAAUUCGAGGUUUUUCCAUGGCAUGAUUGACGAGCAUACUUCCUCAGGGACCACUUCAGAGUGCAUUGCAGAUUCUUAUCUCUCAGAUGUUCGGCUGUCGGGCCCAAGAUAGCAGCAGACGACUGAAUUAUUAGAUACAUUAUGUAAAUUUGUUUUCUUGAGACAUGCUGUAUAAUUUGUAAUCUGCAUUGACUGUUAAAUUUUGAAUCAUUCGAUGUUUCAGGAACCACCCAUGAAGGUAUAAACAAGAGAAUCCUCCUCCAUCGACCGUAUC